UAGCCCUACUGCAACCUUCAUCUGGUUGAAAGGCACACGGGUGGCUAGGCGUCCGCGUCCCUUUCUAGCCAAUGCCCUCCUGCACCCCUAGUGCCCAGUCCCAGGAUGUCGGGAUAAUCCCGUUCCUGAAAUCCUCUCUUCCCUGCCGCGUCUGCACAGAUGGGAGCCAGGUUCGGCUUUAGGAGCUGGCUGGGCUUUCUCAGGCAGCGCCUGUGUUUUCUGCACCGCUCCAUCUCUGAUUCGGCUUGUCCAGCCAGGGUCGCGCCCCGCAGGCCACUGGGGGCUGGGGCUCUCCGGCCCCGCCCUCGUGUCGCCUCCGCCCAUUGGCGGCCGCGGGGGGCGGAGGCGAGGAAGUGGGUCUACAGCUUUGCACUCGCCGGCGCUGGUCCAGGCUCCUCUGGGCUCGGCUCUGCACGGUUCGGCUCCGUCCAGCUCCGCUCAGUUCAGCUCGGUUCAGCAUGCUGCGCGCCGCACUCACCAUCGCCCGCCGCGGGCCGCGCCUGAGCCGCCUGCUGUCCGCCGCCGCCACCAGCGCCGUGCCGUCCCCCAACCAGCAGCCUGAGGUCUUCUGCAACCAGAUCUUCAUUAACAAUGAGUGGCAUGAUGCUGUCAGCAAGAAGACGUUCCCCACCGUCAACCCUUCCACGGGAGAGGUCAUCUGCCACGUCGCAGAAGGGGGCAAGGAGGAUGUCGACAAGGCAGUGAAGGCCGCAAGGGCAGCCUUCCAGCUGGGCUCACCCUGGCGCCGCAUGGAUGCAUCCGACAGGGGCCGGCUGUUGUACCGAUUGGCUGAUCUCAUUGAGCGGGACCGGACCUACCUGGCGGCUCUGGAGACCCUGGACAAUGGCAAGCCUUACGUCAUCUCCUACCUGGUGGAUUUGGACAUGGUCCUGAAAUGCCUUCGCUAUUACGCUGGCUGGGCUGAUAAGUACCAUGGGAAAACCAUUCCUAUCGAUGGCGACUUCUUCAGCUACACCCGCCACGAGCCUGUGGGCGUGUGUGGGCAGAUCAUUCCGUGGAACUUCCCGCUCCUGAUGCAAGCAUGGAAACUGGGCCCAGCCUUGGCAACUGGAAACGUGGUUGUGAUGAAGGUCGCUGAGCAGACACCGCUCACCGCGCUCUACGUGGCCAACUUGAUCAAGGAGGCAGGCUUCCCCCCUGGUGUGGUCAAUAUUGUUCCUGGAUUCGGCCCCACGGCGGGGGCUGCCAUUGCUUCCCAUGAGGAUGUGGAUAAAGUGGCAUUCACAGGCUCCACUGAGGUUGGUCACCUCAUCCAGGUUGCCGCGGGGAGCAGCAAUCUCAAGAGAGUGACCCUGGAGCUGGGGGGAAAGAGCCCCAACAUCAUCAUGUCAGAUGCUGACAUGGACUGGGCAGUGGAGCAGGCCCACUUUGCCCUGUUCUUCAACCAAGGCCAGUGCUGCUGCGCCGGCUCCCGGACCUUCGUGCAGGAGGAUGUGUAUAAUGAAUUCGUGGAGCGCAGCGUGGCUCGGGCCAAGUCUCGGGUGGUCGGGAACCCCUUUGACAGCCGGACUGAGCAGGGGCCGCAGGUGGACGAGACUCAGUUUAAGAAGAUCCUCGGCUAUAUCAAGUCAGGACAACAAGAGGGGGCAAAGCUGCUGUGUGGCGGAGGCCCCGCCGCCGACCGUGGCUACUUCAUCCAGCCUACCGUGUUCGGAGACGUGAAAGAUGGCAUGACCAUUGCCAAGGAGGAGAUCUUUGGACCAGUGAUGCAGAUCCUCAAAUUCAAGACCAUCGAGGAGGUUGUGGGCAGAGCCAAUGAUUCCAAGUAUGGGCUGGCAGCGGCUGUCUUCACGAAGGACCUGGAUAAGGCCAAUUACCUGUCCCAAGCCCUCCAGGCUGGCACCGUGUGGGUCAACUGCUAUGAUGUGUUUGGUGCCCAGUCCCCAUUUGGCGGCUAUAAGAUGUCGGGGAGCGGCAGGGAGCUGGGGGAGUAUGGCCUGCAGGCCUACACGGAAGUGAAGACGGUCACGGUCAAAGUGCCGCAGAAGAACUCGUAAGCAAGCAGGGUGCCGGCUUCCUCACCCAGCAACCGCAAGUCCAACCAGAGCCUGAGAAAAACAACCAUGCACACUCGUCUCUGAAGAGAAACCCCUUCACCAAAACGUCGGGCCGAGAAAGUCAGAACUUGAUAAACAGGGUGGGCUGGUGGGGCGGUGUAUGUGGAAAACACCCUAUAAACUGGGUUAGGGAUGGGGCUCAGGUAGAACACUCGCCCAGUACGUGUAAGGCCCUGGGUUCCAUCCCCCAUGCUGCAAAUGAGUAAUAAAAACCCGCUGAUCAAG